AAAAAUAUAUAAAAAGUAUAUAAAGAGUGCCGGCUGCUGCAGCUGUGUAUUGCAAAAGAGUUUUGCUACGAUUAAACGUAUAAAAGGAAAUGCAUUUCGCAAACAAGGUACGCCGAACGACUUCGAAACUUAUCGGCUUGGCAGGUCACUGGUGCAAGAACAACGUUCAUACAAAUCCUAAACUUUUUAACCCUCUAAUACCAAUAGUGAUUGAGCAGACAGGUCGAGGUGAAAGGGCCUACGAUAUCUAUAGUCGUCUGCUCAAAGAACGCAUUGUCUGCGUCAUGGGACCGAUUACUGACGAACUGUCAAGUUUGGUUGUGGCGCAGUUGCUAUUUCUACAGUCAGAGAGCAACAAGAAACCAGUUCACAUGUACAUAAACAGUCCAGGGGGCUCUGUGACUGCGGGCCUGGGAAUCUAUGACACCAUGCAGUAUAUUAUGCCACCUAUUUCAACGUGGUGUAUCGGUCAAGCGUGUAGUGCGGGAAGUCUCCUGCUGUGUGCCGGAACGGAUGGGAUGCGGCAUUCCUUGCCCAACUCUCGCAUCAUGGUGCACCAGCCAUCAGGACAUGCAGCCGGACAAGCCACAGACAUUCAGAUUCAUGCCGAGGAGAUACUGUACCUGAAGAAAGUUAUAAAUGGAAUUUAUGCUAAGCACACCAAACAGCCUUUAGAAACUAUUGAAUCUGUCAUGGAACGUGAUCGUUUCAUGAGUCCUGUUCAGGCAAAGGAGUUUGGACUGAUUGAUGUCGUCCUGGAGCACCCUCCAACUGUUAGCACGUCCGAGACUAGUAGUAGUUAACAAAAUACCUUGUAUACAUCAUUUUUCUAGUAAAUGCUGCAUAAAGUCGGCAAAUGUUUCUAUGUUA